ACAAUAAACUUUUAAACGAAGAGGACCUUAAAAUUAAGAAAGAAUUCUUGAAUGCGCAUGAUAAAGUACCCUCAGAAAAUAUACCUAUUUACAGAUCUCAAAUGAUAAAUACUAUGGAAAUUGCAGAAGCUUUUAAAAAGCAACCAGGUGGAAUAUAUGUUCCGGGUACAGUUCAAAUCAGCCAAAAUGUACACGAUAUUCUGGUUUUAUAUGCUGGAGAUAUUCAGAAG